GGGGAGCGGUUGCAGUGAGUGACGUCACGUGGCCACCGAGCGCGGCGGAUCAGUUGGUUUGGGAGGCAUUUCGGUUAGAGAGCACCGAAUCCGCCGAGAAUCAACACUGACGCCCCGGUACAAUUUAGACCCGAAGCAGCGCAGAUUAAGCGAGCCGAUGGUGUCUGGCCUGUAGAUGAGCCGAGGUGUGCAGCGAUGGAGAGCGCAGCAGAGGGCAUGCUGGGAAACGGUGAUGGUGUCAGUGGUGUCUCGGUCACGCUGGAGAACGAGGCGGUCUGGAGCCGCUUCCACAGCCUGGGCACAGAGAUGAUCCUGACGGCGCGGGGCAGACGCAUGUUCCCCUGCUGCCGCUUCCGUCUGAGCGGGUUACAGCCGCACCUCAGCUACUUCCUGAUCCUGGACAUCACGCCUCUGGAUGAGCUCCGACACCGCUGGAACGGGAACACAUGGGAGCCGCAGGGGGCCGAGACACCCCUCCAGACUCCAGUGUGUUUCAGAGAUGGAGCGGUCACUGGCUUCAAGAUAAAUCCUGAUCUAAUUCCCCACGUGUGUUUCCAUCCGGACGCUCCGGCUCCGGGUCAGCGCUGGAUGGACGGGCCCGUGUCCUUCUACAAGAUGAAGCUGGCGCACAGCCCGGAGGAUCCCGACGCCGCGGUGGUUCUGCGUCCCAUGCACCGCUAUCAGCCGCGGCUCUACGUGGUUCCGGUCAGCACCUGUCCCGAGCCGGACGCUCUCGUCUUCACCUUCCCUAAAACAGCCUUCUAUGCGGUGACCAGCUACCAGAACCCUCUGAUAACCCGGCUCAAGAUCGACUGCAACCCCUUCAUGCUGGCGUUCAGAGAGGACGGGCCGAGCGCUCGCCUCAUCCAGAACAAACUCAAGCUGGCUCUGAACGGACGCUCGCCGAAACACCGCAGCUCGACACACACACACACCGAGUCCAGUGAAGAGACGCUCGUUAGAGAUGAAUCCGCUCAGCCCGUGUCCUCGUUAGCCCCUGGAUCAGCUGCGCAGGAGCCGCACAGGUCAGGGGUCAGCCGCGGGGUCAAGCGUGUUUACCGCAGGGGCUGGAGGAGCGGGGCCAGGAAAGCCAGGGCUAAAUGGUGGACUAAUGUGAAGCACAGAUCUGCUGCGGUCAGCCCCCCCACACACACCGUGUCCAUGCAGCCUGACCUGGAGCACGUGGACGGCCUGCUGUUUGUGUCCUUCACUGCCAAGGAAGCUCUGGACGUUCAUGUAGGACACAUGAGGACAUCUGAGGAAACAUCUGCAUCACCUGCAGCAGAGAAGACAGCGCAUGAUACAGGCUGGAUCUGUGAGCAGGAGAAGCUCUUACUGCAUCAGCUCCAGCAGCUGAAGAACCGACAGAUCAUUCAUCCGGUUCUUCAACAAGUUGGGCUGAAGCUGAAUCUUCUGGAUCCCGCGGCACCCAUAGACCUGCAUUAUCUGGGUGUUGCUUUACCUGUACCUUCACCUGUCCUCACAUCAUCCUCUCACGCCGCUUCAGUUUCGUGCACUGGGAAGACGAGCGAUGUGACCAGGAUCAAGGGCUGGAUGGAGAAGUUUGAUUUAAAGAGUAAAGCCGACAGCUCCGGCUCGGCCGGUCACUCGGCGUUCUCCUCGGUGCUGCUGGACGAGUAUCUGGAGGCCGAAGCUCAGCGGAUCAGUGAACGAGCCGAUGUGUUUUCCUCCAGCGCUCCGGCUCCGGUGCUCUACCAGCUGCCCGUCAGGAGCACUAGCUACGUGAGGACCCUAGAUAGUGUGCUCCAGACGCGCAGCUGUGCCCCCCCUGGACGCCGUGACAAGCGCACUAAAGCGUGGAGAUCCAGACGAGGUGUUCGAGCGGCUCCUGAAGCCUCGCUGCGCUGCUCCUCCACCAGACUCCGAUGGAAGCGCAGCGUCUCUGAAGAUCCUCCUCAGCGUCCGGCGGCGUCCAGCGGAGCUCAGGGCAGACGCAGGAGAAGGUACCGGCGGCGCAGACGCACGCUGAGGUUCAACAGAGACGCGCUGGACGGAGUCGCUCAGAAGCUGACCGAGCUGCAGGCUCAGGAGGAACAGGAAGUCUCUCUCGGACAGAGUCACACUCACAUCAGCGCUGAGAGAGCCGACCUCGCUCUGAGCUCACUGCUGACCGCCGAGAGAGCGGUGCAGACGAGGCGUGUGCGGGACGGAGCGUGUGCUAAAGACUUCUGUCGUCUGGGCUGUGUGUGUGAGAGUCUGAACAGAGAAGUGCGAGGAUCCACUCACUGCAGACGUGUGCAGUGCAUGUUCAGCUGCGGCUGCUUCAGACACCGGAUCCUCCUCGUGCGCUCCGAACACAGACCCCGGAGUCUGGUGGCCUUCCCCGUGUCUGGCCCUGGAUCAGACGGCAGGCCGGAGCCGGCGCUCCGAGUCAGUGUCCUGUGGAGGAGGAGAGCGGGAGAACACGACCCGGAGCCGCUCUUCACUCCCAGAGCGUCCGGAGCGCCGAGACGAACCGCACAGCAUCACACUCCUGCACCACGGCCCCGGCCUCAGGUGCAGGAGACGGAGAAGGAUCCGGUUUACUUGUACCUGGAGAGCAUGAUGACGUGUGCUCGUGUGCGGGAAUACAACAGCAACCCUCCACUGCAGGUGCACUUACUGCCGGCUAGAAGAAGCGCUCCAGCUCCUGACCACACGGUCAGUGCUGUGUCUGCGUCUCAGAGUCCAGAGGAGGGCUGUGAGGCAGGAGAGCCGGAGCCCACUAAAGUGCUGGAGAUCAUCUCGGGGUGUAACUGGGAGACUCAUCGCUCUCUGGUGCUCAAAGAACUCUUCCGCAUCAUCGGCACAAGCCACCUCGCAUCCGUCUUCUACAUCCACAUCUACAAAGUGGAGCUACUCUCCAAAGAUCUGAAGAAAGACGAGUGCGGAUCCACGUUGAUUUACAAGGUCUGCGUGUCCCUCGGCCAGACGCGAGAAAAGACUCGUAAGCUGAGGAAGAUUCUGAAGAAACCAGACGAUGCGUCGCAUCUGAGCAGCUCUUCCUCUCAGAAAGUCAACACACUCAAUGUUAAUGAGAACCUGCACGUCACACAGACAACAAACACACCUGACGAGAAACAGGUGAAGCACUUUCCUCUUCUCUCUCGCGUCGUUCCCGCUGGUCUUCUGAAGGCUGAUAAGAAGACACUAGUGCAUCCUGGACCGAUAAAGGUCAAUGGGAAAGCGUACGCUCAGGCUAAACUGAUCCUGGGCCGCAUGGGAGCGCUGCAUCCAGCCAAUCGUCUGGCGGCGUACGUCACUGGCAGAAUAAAACCACUGUCUCAGAACAUGGGCCGAUGGAUUUCCAAAACCCUUCAGGUCAGGACGCUCAGCGAGACGAGGGGUUCACACUCCCCUCCAGCGAUCGGUCCUUCACAACACACAGAAGGUGCUCCACAGGAGCCACAGUCAGCUCAGAUGAACACAUCCAUCCCAGCAUCUCAACCCAUUCCCUUCAUCAUUCCCAGAAUCCACACAGUGCAGGGAAACUCUACCUUUGGAAGUGUGGAAGCUCUGGGUCUCCAGAACGGUUUUCUUGGUAAAGCUGGCAUGUUUUCCUUCAGGAUAUGCCCUCCUUCUGCCGAGAGCAAGACUGCUGGUGUAGAACAGACAGGAACAGCUCCUGAGUCGACUGGAACUGGAACAUUGUUACUUCCUGGAGGAUAUAGGUUAAUAAAACUGCCCAUGUUUGUCAGUCCCAGUGUGAGCAGCCCAACGACCGCUUCUGUACCCGCUGCAUGCACCGAGAAAUCACCCGAAAACACUCAUGAAGAGCCCACCUCUAUUAAAACAGAAGCAGCUGAAGAUGGCAGUGGUCCGCUCUCAGAAGACACUUCUCCAGUUAUCAUUAAAGUAGAGUCUUACAGCAGCGAGUCUUCAUCCAAGCGUCCGUGCUCUGACCAACCUGAGCCACAGGAAACAUCGCUGCACAUCAAGAUGGAGGACGAUACGGACCAGUCCCCACAGAGCCACCCCAAAAUAGAGGAGCCAGACCCUGAGGCGAUCACAGACGUCAGUCAUCAACCCAAAACCUCUGAAAGCAGGGAUCCCAGUGUCAGAUCCUCCAUUACUGACGUCCAGCAGCAUCUGAAGAACACAACCACUGGUGCAGGAUUGUUCUUCUCUCUGUUUGAGGGUCGCACCUCGCUGGUCUCUCCUGCGAACACUAAAGCACCCACACCCCGACCGGAGGAGAUCCAGAAGAGGAGAAAACCACAGGCUCCAGACGAUCCUCGAGCGGAUUCUGCUGAAGUCAUGUACUCCAGCGACGGAUGGACCACAGAGGACAGCAACGAGUGGUACAGCGAGGAGGAGGUGGACAUCGAGACGUUUGAGGAGUACGAUCAGAAGAUGAACAUCAGUCUCUUGAGAGCGAAGGCGAGACGGAAAACACAGCAAGCAGCUCAGAGUCAGUGGCUUCUGAAAUGUAAAGCAGCGGAGUCCCAUCAUGCAGUGUGGCGUAUGUCUGAUCUGCCGCUGUACACACGGACGUGGCGUCUGAACCGAGCGCUCCGAGAGCAGAAGCAGCUGGUCGAGAUACAGCAGAGCUUGGACUCGUUGAAGAGGAUGCUGGGUGUUGAAGAUGAUGUGAUGAUGAGCACUCAGGACCUGCUCCGAGAGGCUCAGCAGAUGAUCCGAGCUCUAGAGGAACACAACACUUCUCUGAUGGCCAGCAAACGGGCCUUGAUUCGACAGCAUUCUCACUAUCAGAGCCUGAUCUCACAGCGCUCCGCUGCAGACGUGCCGAAAACAGCAGCUCCUUCAUUACCCAGAAGUCCUGCACACAGUCAGUCAGUGCUGAAGAGACGUUUGCCCAGCGUGAUCCUGCAGUCCUUCAGCUAGAGCCUGAGACCAGGAUGUGCUUCAGCUUCAGCUCAUCAUGAGAUCAGCAGGUGUUCUGGAGUCACUCCGGAGUCACUAUAGCUCCAGCUGAGGAGUGAAUCCUGUGCAUCAUGGAGCAAUACUUCCUUUUUCUGCUAAUGAUGGACAGAACUGGCCGUUUUUCACUUUUACAGCUUGUACAGUCUUUGUCUAAAGCUAUUGUGAAUUAAUAUUUCUCAGGAUAUUACUUAAUAAUGAGCUCAUUAACCCACAUUGGGGUGGUAUUUCUAUGGCUUCUCGUUUAAUACUAAACAUGUUGUGCUCAGUUUAUGGACUGUGUGAUCUUUUUGUUAGAAUAGAUUUAUUUUUGUGAUUUCUGCAUCAUGGAUGGUUGACGAGGCCGGUGUUAGUUUUCUGUUGUUUGUAAUCACCGAUUAAUCUCCCAGAGAUCUGAAUAUCUCCUAACCGGAUGGAUCUUAAAGUCAAAUCAUGUGGAUUUCCCUCUUUAUCAGAAUCAAAUAGCCUCAGAAUUGAGUUGAUAUUGUGGCCUUGUGCACAAAUAAAAUCUAAUGCCAUGUAAA